UUUAUUGUAUCUUUACUCGACAGUCGCUUUUGGUCCUUUCGCCGAGAUGUUGUGCAGCAUCACUACCUGGUUGCUAGGCGACGCAUAAGGCGUUUUUUUUCUCCCCGGCGCAUUAAUAUGUAAAUUAGCCAACUAUGAAGCGGCCACAGGUUAAAGAGCCAACGUGUAUAAAUGAAUGCGAGGACACAUUCAUUUAUUUCUUCCAACGUAAAUGACUUUUAAUCACUCUAAUAAUAUUGUUUCUUCCCUCCUGUAUGUUAUCUCUUGAGGUAUGUGAGUAUGAAAGCAUAGACCCAAACGUUGAUUCUUUUGCGCCUUUAAUUUAACUUUCAAAUGGCUACACUAAUAUUGGCCGUGAUACAGUUUUAUCUGAGCGCACAGUGAACACAAAGUCAUAGCUGCAACAUAUAGUGCUCAGAUAUCUGACCACCCCCCCUCCUCCCCUCCUCGCCUCCUCGCCUCGCAACCUCCCUGCAUCGUGUUUUCUUCCAUCUCCUCCUGAGUCAUUGUGUUUGCACCGGCGCUCCUGUUUUUCACCGGGUUUCUGGAUCCUGUCAGGUCUCUGCUGAACAUUUUCGACGACCUUUGAAAUGACCGAAGUGGCUUCAAGCCGCCCUGAGAUGACUGCGCUGGCGCCGCCUCCUGCACCGCUGAUGUCCAAUAGGAAUGCGUCUCCUGCUCGAUCACCAUCCAGCCACAGCAGCCCUCCAGGCUCUCGGCUGAAUUUAGCAAAAGAGCGACGGGAGGACAGAGAGAAGACACAAGAGAUGUCGGAGGUGCUGCAGGAUAAGGAGCGUCGUGCGCAGCAGCAGCUGGAGCGCUGCGCCGAGGAGCGAGGGAGGAAGAUGGAGGAGCAGAGGAGGAAGGAGCAGCAGCGCAGGGCAGCAGCCGAGGAGAAGAGACGGCAGCAGCAGGAGGUGGAGAAGGAGAGGCUGGAGGCCCUGGUCCGCCGGAGAGCCGCAGGCGCCGAGAGACGGGGAGGAGGAGGAGGAGGAGGAGGAGGGGGGGGGGAGGCCCGGGACCACCUGGAUAACAGGCCUAAACGCUGGACGUGGGGAGGACCGCCUGAUGGAGUGGAGGGUAACCCUAAGACCCCGCCCUGCCAUGCCAUUGGCUCCGCUCAGCCCAAUGAGCUUCCUGCUGCUUCCAGUGCCAGCCAAUCCCGUAACGUUGUUGACUUCCUGUCUCCACCCGGGAUGGAUCAGAUAAUCAACAAGCAGCUCUCCAAUUCUUCAGCCGCCCUUCAUUCACCAGAGAGAGCUUCCUCCAACAACCACAGACCAAACAGAAGUUCCUCCAACCGCAGGAGUGUCGCUGGACUCCCUGAAGCCAAAACGCCCACGGGGGAGUUUCCAAACACACCGGCCCGCAGUUCAUCCUUCAGGGCCAACAGCAAGGGCCCUGCCACACCAAAACGGGUGAGGUCUAACAGGAGUCGCGCCCAGUCGCCCUGUUCACCUGGCCAGUACCCGCCCUCCCCGCUCCGGCAGAGGGCCGCCACCACCCCCGGCACUGACGACAGGGGUCACAAUGAGGUCAAAGGUCACAGCACCAUGGAGAAGAAAUUAAACAAAUCUGAGAACUCGGAGAAAAAGAUCCCGAAAUCCACCAGCAAAGAGCUGAACGCAGAGUCUCCGGGCACGCCCACAGGUAGGAGCGUUGGUGGGACGACUGACGCCGAGGAGGCGUCCAGACUGCUGGCAGAGAGACGACGUCUGGCCCGAAUUCAGAAGGAGCAGGAGGAGAAACAACGGCAGGAAGAGGAGAGACUGAGGGCUGAGGAGGAGCAGAGGAGGCAGCAAGAGGCGAAAGAGAGACAAGAGAGAGCUGCACUGCAGGCCGAGGAGGAGAAAGUGAGGUGGGAGGAGGAGAGGAGGAACAGGGAGGACGAGGAGAGACGGCAGAAGGAGCAGAGAUGGAAGGACAUGCAGGACCAGCUGGACAGAGAGAGGGAGGAGGCCUUCCUGCGAGCCCAGAGAGAGGCCGAGAGGAAGAGACAGGAACGAGAGCUGCUGCACAUCCAGGAGGAGCAGGAGAGACUGCAGAGGAAGAAGAGAAUUGAGGAGAUUAUGAAAAGAACUAGGAAGAGUGAAGUGGAGCCUCUGUCUGGUGCUGCAGUGUCUGACAUGCGGGCAGAGGCUGCAGUCCCCUUGGAGGAGGACGCCCCAACUCCGGCUGAAGCCCCCGUCAUCACUCUUGGACCCCUGGAGAAUAAGAGCUGUGUGGACGAGCUCUCUGACGGAGUCCAGUCCAUGGACGUCAGUUCUCCAUCUGUCUCCAUCAGUCCAGUGUCUAGGGAGGAGCAGGCGAGCGCUCAGGAGUUUUCACCGGUCACAGAAGGGACAGACGGCUGUCCCUUGGAGCACCUGAUGGACCUCGACAGCCACGGGCGAGGACAGCGUCAGGGUGCAGAAACGCCCCCCUACCCCAAGCUGCAGGCCGGCAGCGGGGUCGGAGACCUUAACAAGAACCUGCUGAUUCAGGCGUACAGCGCGGCCUCUGAAUCCUCCCAGCUCAUCCACAGCGUCGGCCCGAGCAAACUGGACGUCAAGUAGCCAGGAACUUUUGCAGGAGCUGGCAGGUUCGGUAGGAACAGGAGCCCGGAGAAACAGACCAAGAGACCAUGACCUCCGUCUGCAACAACACCAAUCAUAAUUUCCACGAGGAACAAAUACUGAACAACUCAUCUCACAUCUGUAUUACCAAAACACACAAACUCGUAACAGUAAAGCUUCUGGCCACACUUUGAGGCAGUGCAGAUGGGCAAUUUUGACUCUAAGAAACACGACUCGCAAAUAAUCUGAAGUGGAUUUAUGACAUGGUUAUGUGACAGAAGGAAGUGGGAUCAGCAUUCUUGCAUGUUUGAAAUAUAAAAAAGAUUCGGAAAGUAAAACGACUGUAAACUCAUGGUUUGGUUUAUUUAUCUGAAACUAAGGCUUGCUGAAAACUUUGUUCACGUUAUAAAACUUACUGUAUAGGCACGAGUUGCAGGUGGAACUAGUUCAGGGUCAAUGUCAACCCAAAUCCGCACACACCGACCGGCCUUUUCAUUUACACAUUACAUAUUUUUAGCAUUCAAGACAUCUCCAAAAAUUCCCAGACAUAUACUGCAUCUUUUUAUGUCCCUUUUUUUCUUAACAAAUCUCUGAAAUCCGUACAUCUUCUCUACACCUGUUCCUGUUAAAGCCAGUGUUGCCCAGCUGCGCUGCCACAAAAUAUCACUCGAGUAUCACCCGCUUUAAUCUCUCAUCCCUGCUUUUGUAAAACUCUGUAAAUAGAUCUGACUGGGUGGAGGAGUCUGUCAUCGUAGGGGUCAGGGAGCGGCUCUGUAGCAGUUCACCUGCCGUAAAACAGACACUGUUGUGAAUCCUGUGUAGCAUCUUCAGUGAGGAAUAGCUAGUUGAGCUGUGUAUGGUUGUAGCUGUGUACUUUAACAGUGUGUGAGAGUUUCUCUCUUUCUGUCAGUGUUUCUGAUGGUUCCCGUCUGUUUAUCUCACCUCUGACCUGCUCUACUGCUGACAGCGACUCCUACUUCUAUAAAUCCUAGUCUGCUGUAGAUUCCCCUGACGCUGGAGAAAACCAUCAACAACUGAUACUAUAACUCUGCUGUUGACCCAUAACACACAGCGUCUAGCUUUGGUUUUUCUGCUGCUCGUCACUUGAUUGGUGGACGUUUUGUGGAGGCGCAACAAUCCGCAGCGAGGCCAUGAAGAAAACCUGGGGAGGAAAUAAAUAUGUCAAAUGUCCUGUAUUUUUAUCUGCAAGUCAGGAAAAUAUUGACACAGUGUGUGUAUUGUAUUUGUCUGGCACUGACUGUAACCACGCUAGCUGCAGUUUAUAAUGUGCACUCACAGUAGUUGUGUGUUUCACUGCUCUGAAGACGCUUGUAUCUCCACCUCCACUCAUCCCCCCAACUAAAAUAUACCUCACCAAUUCAGAACAGACUCUGGUGUUAAACAGCGCUCACCACCUCACAGCUCAUCACCUCUGAGGCCUUAAACCUCUGUGCAGUCAACAUCUUCCCCUUAAAACAACCGGUCCUCUGUGCUUUGCCCUCAGGCUGUGUUUCAUCCAGCAUGCGCACUUUAACUGUUCAAAGGCCCUUUUUCCUCUAAAGAAAUCCUGGAAGUAGAGAAACAAGGACUACAUAUUUCUUGAGCUGCACCAGAUUAGACCGAUCAGACAGAAGUGAUGGAAAAAUGGCAAUUAUGUAAAUGCAAGAUUGGUUUGUCAGCAGGGCAAAGUAUACAACUAACCCAGUGGCCAGUGUAUUUAUUUCAUUAUAUUAAUUUAUAGAUUUGAUCUCCGUCAUCAUGUCUGGUGCCAGGUAUGUCAUUCGGGUUAAGAAUACCAAAUUCCUUAAAUUUUUUGACCAGCCAUCAACCAAACUCUGUAGAAAUUUAAGUAAAAUCACAUUAUAUUCUAUCUAUUGAAAUAUUCUUCAGUACAGUAUCUCCUUUAAUUGUGUUGUGGUGGAGAAGACACAAUGUUUUUUCAGUGUCAUUUGUGUUUUUUGCCUAAAAAUUGUCACAUGUGCAACAAAACCCAAAUAUUUCAGAUUAUACAAGGAACAUCACAGUCUGUUAUAUCAUUUCAACCAUUCAGUUAUAUCUUUUCUCAGUUUUAUCUCCCUACAUUAUGUUCUGGUGCCAAGUAUGUCAUUCAGGUAAAAAAUUUAAAUUCACUUUAUGUCAAUUCUUCUGAAACUGUCUAAAAAUAUCUGAAUCAGCCUUAAGAAAUACAGCGUGUAUUAUGUUUGUAAUCGUAGAAUGUAACUCGUCUUUAUGCCAUUUAUCAACCUUCCAAAUGUCCAGAUAUAAUACUGAGGACCUGACCUCAGCGUCCUCAACACCUCCUUUAUUUACGUGUAUAUUGAGCUCAGUUGAUGCAUAUUCCUAUAUGAAUCUGUUUAACUUGUGUACGACAGCAAAUUUAGAUUCAGGUGCAAAGAGAAAAACCUUCUUACUGGGGAAAAGCGCCUCUACUGCUCCUCCAAGGUGCCACUGUUAGGAGGAAAAGUGUUUAACCGUUGCUGCUGCAAUCUUCAGCGCUUUCUUUUAUGUUUUCACUGUCCUGUCGGCUUCCCUCUCUUGUCAGCUCAUUAUUCCUCCAGAUUCUGCUGAAACUCAAUGUAAGAGGAUCUCCUGGGCGCCCUUGUAUAUGAAGUAAAAUGAAGG